UGGCCAGCGACGUGACAACGCCGAGGGUCAUUACCAACAACCUUCUGGACUCGUCUGGCAAUAGCACCGUUACAUCCUUCGACGCGCUGCGGUCUCUUGAGCACGCCCCCUACAGAAGAGGAAGUUUUCGGCCCAGAACAACUACAAACCCUCCUGCGGGCUUCAUCACGCUCUCAGAGUCGUUCCGGCUCGCCAGAAACCGCAUCCUACUUCACGCCAAAAACAAAAAAGCGUUGAUGGGCUCAUGGCCGAUAUUUAGAAGAUGGAUUCUCAAGUUUUUCGACCUUACAUUAUCGAAAAGCGCCGCCGAACUCGAGAGCUACUUUACUCCUGCUGGCGAACACGGCAUUUGGGACCUUAUUGGCUGGGUUUGCCUUGUCGUCUACGAAUUUGCCUUGAACAGGGACUUCGUCCAUGAUCUCCAGAAGCCCGAUUUCCGGUCAGCUCAGAUUCAUAUGUGGGUCAAAGUCCGAUCUUCGUAUAGUCCAAGGAUACUCGUGGAGGACCGCGUCGGGGACGUCCUGGAUCUAAUAACUCCCAAUGGCCUCAGGGGCCAGGUUGACUACCUGUUUCAACAAACAGUGAAAAGUUUUCCAGAAGAAUUCGUCCUCAAGUGUUACCACCGUGUCAUUGCGCGCGUUGCAGGGCCCAGUUUUGGGACGGCUGGCCACGACAAUUGGAGCACCUGCUUCCGGUUCGUUCAAUUUAUCACUGCUUGUUCCCCACCAUUUUGUUUCUUGUUCCUUGCGAACAAGAGCCUGUAUUGGAUGGUGCAUGGCUUCAGGAAACAGCUAUCACGGCAUGCGACUGAUAACGGCAGAGAGGCAUAUGUGAAGUUUUACCCCUCCUUGAUGCACGCCGUUCUAGCAUCUUUCCCCGACUCACAUGCAUGGAUCCCCCAGGCGAUUAAGGCGCACCUUGUUCACCUAAUGUUGAGGAGCUCACCUCACAUUGACGCCAUAUGUGCCGAGGACCCUGGAGUUCCUCAAAGGAUGAAGGAAAUUUACUUCCACCUCAGCACGAAUCUCAUCCAUCCUGAGGUGCUUCGGUGUACGAUGAAAUCCGUCCCUUUCUUGCGCAAGAGGGGUGGAGAGAUAGAGCCUAUAUUAAUAUUUCGACCCUCAAGCGGUGUCAUUCGUGAAUCGUGGAUUAAAUUCAUGCACCAUCUGGACGAAAUGGAAAGCUUCUGGAAAACUCUCAAAGCCGCAGGUGGACACUUCAGUUCUUGCAGUUAUUCCGAAGGUACAGGAGAUGAUAUUGGCACUCAUCAGUGCAGGAGGUGCCUAAGGGCCUUCUAUUGUUCGCGAACAUGUCAAAAGGCGGACUGGGGUGAACACCGGGAAGAUUGUAGGAGGGAUACAACGGCAGAAAGAAAGGGUAAUGUGCUCCCAGUGGAUGAGCGCGCGAGGGCCUUCAUAAAGGCUCAUGUAUCACACCUUUUACGCACCAAGGAAUUCUCUCGGAUGCUACACGCUUUCAUGAUGUCCAAGGAGAGCACCCGAUUGGGCAUGAUUGUUGUUGACGUGGAUUAUACCAAGUCGCCUCCAGCCCUGGCUAUCAAUACCCUCUUUGACCCGAAGUACUUCAAACACGAGGAUUUCGACGAUGUUUUCACCCAUGCGGCGGAGAACCCAGAUGAAGGACUUCAAGUGGCGCAUAUUUCCCUUCCCUUUGUGAACAAGGAGCCAGAGCACUUGCUUACCAUAUUCACUCCUUCCUACUCCUUCACCUAGA